UAGGAAUUUGGUCCAACUCUUAAGAAAGCGCAUGAGUACAUAAAGAAUUCGCAGGUUUUGGAAGACUGCCCUAGUGAUCUUAGUUUCUGGUAUUGUCACAUUUCUAAAGGUGCAUGGCCUUUCUCAACUAGAGAUCAUGGAUGGCCCAUAUCAGAUUGCACUGCAGAAGGUUUAAAGGCUUCACUCUUGUUGUCGCAGAUUCCAUCAAAAACUGUUGGUGAACCAAUUGAUGCAAACAGAUUGUACGACGCAGUGAAUGUCAUUCUUUCACUAUAGGAAUUCGGAUGCCAAGAAGACAUGAUGUUCUGUGGUGUGUUUGAUGGCCAUGGCCCUUAGGGACACUAUGUAGCAAAAAGGGUCAGAGAAUCGCUGCCAUCAUCUCUGCUUUGCAAUUGGCAGGAGACUCUUGCUAUGAGCUCAAUUACAUCAGAAUUCCUUUUGGAAUCUGAUAAAAUGCUUAAUCGAUUUGACAUUUGGAAGGAAUCCUAUUUGAGAACUUAUUGAAAUGAGUGAUUCACUUGGGCAAAUGAAUCAUAACCUUGAAGGUUUGAAGAGUGAUCUGAAUGAAGUUACUAAGGGAAGGGAUUGCCUUGAUUCUGAGGUACUUGUCUUGAAAGAGCAGCUAGAAAUGGCACAAGCUGUUGCUGAAGAAAAUGAAGCAAUUGCUAUAGAAGGUCGACAGAUGGCUGAGGCAAGGAAGAACUAUGCUGAAGAGGAGGAGGAGGUGAAGCUGUUAGAGAAGUCUGUGGAAGAGCUAGAAUAUACCAUAAAUGUAUUGGAAAACAAGGGGGAGCUUGUCAAAGGAGAGGUUGAAAGGCAACGGUUGCAGAGAGAGAAGCUAGAAGGGGACCCUACUGAAACAGUUCAUGUGGAAGGUUAUGUGGCAGUUCAUGUGCAUUUGUAUCUUGUUUUGAAAACUUUAAAUAGACCAUUAAUUGUUUUGUUGAUAUUGUGCUGAUUGUUGUCUUGAUGAAUGUUAAAUGGGUGAAAUAUGCACAGGUUCAAUCAUUUGUUGAUUAUGA